AUGGCGAAGGUCCGUUUCCUCGUCAUGGCUACGGGGCUGCGGCCGACGGCGCAGGGCCAGUGUUCGCACGCAAACAGGAUGGAUAUGUCCCAAGCCGUCUCUAAGAUGAUUGUGCCAUCCAAGCGAAAACCCACAGCUGCAGCGGCAGCACCAUCUCCGACAGCGGCAUCGCCUGCCCGGACAGAGACAACGCCUCUCACCAAGCGGCAAGGCUUCCAGGACGGGAACGUACCUCGACAGAACUUGCCGCCAACGAGUGCUAUCCCCGGCCUCUCCAUAGCGCCCUUCAGCAGCGAUGCGAUUCAGCCGCGUUCUGUGUUCCAGGCCAACAUCAACCCGCCCCCAAGCAUCCCCGCGCCUGGCGACUCUGUGCCACGAAGCGAGCCACAGCCGGUCACAGGCCAGGUCGCGGAGCUCGCUCGACUCCUCAAGCUCCCGCAGCCGCGCUACGACUGUAUUGCUGACGCCGGCAAUGGGAACACCUGGUCAGUGAGUGUCGAUUUCGGCGACCAUCAUCUACCGCCUGUGGGACUCGGCGCGUUCUCGGGCGUGUUGACCAAGAAGGCUGCAAAGGAGAAGAGCGCCGAGGCGGUUUUGGAGUGGAUGCUCGGGGUAAAGGAGAAUCGGGAGCAGAUUGCAAAGGAGUUCCUCGAGGGGAGCUUCUUUGAUACACGGGCCCAAGUUUGA